GUUUUGGCCUGUUCCACCUCAGCAGUGUUGACUUUCUUGAUUAUAUCAAACAAUGAAAAUCACACAAUGUCAUAGUUUCAACAUCAAAUGUGUUUUUAUUACCAAAAACUGCAUGAUUUUACCCUAGUAAGAAAAAAAAUGGACCAUUACAUACAAUUAUGACACCCAGGAAGUAUUCAUCUCCACAUCAACAAUCUCAUUAAAUUUUCGUAAUUUUUACUCAUUUAGCAAUUCCAUUCUGAAACCAAAAUUAUUGUAAGAAAAAUGAUCAAACAAAUAGUUUUCUUUAAUUUUAUAAUGUAAGUUCAAUAAGUUAGUUCAUGUGACUACAGUGGUUCAACCUUAAUAUUAUAAAGCGACGAGAAUACUUUUUGUGCGCCAAAAAUAACAAAAUAGCGACUUUAUUCAACAAUAUCUAGUGAUGUGCGAUUUCAAAACACUGCUUCAUGAAGCUUCGAAGCUUAACGAAUCACUUGUUUCGAAUCAGUGGUUCGGAGCGCAUAUCAAACUGCCAGAGUCAUGUGAACUAUUGAAGUUUCAAAACACUUAUGACGUAACAAAGCCUCGUUUACUGAAAUCAUGUGAUUUUGGUGCUCUGAACCACUGAUUUGAAACAAAUGAUUCGUAAAGCUUCGAAGCUUCGUCUUUUUAAAUAGCCCAUCACUAGAUAUUGUGAAAUAAAGUCACUAUUUUGUUAUUUUUGUAUAGUUUUCUUUAUAAUAUUAAGGUUGAACCACUGUAGUCACAUGAACUGUUUUAAAUAUGUUUUUAGUAGCUUUCUGGCCAUUGAAAAAGGGAGUGUUAUUGCUGGCGAUGCAGGCCUCACUGAGCCAUCGGAUUUCAUCAAAAAAUAUCUUAAUUUGUGUUCCGAAGAUGAACGGAGGUCUUACGGGUGUGGAACGACAUGAGGAAGUACAGACAGCAAGAGCAGAGAAGUAAGCCAGCGCAUCUAAACGGAGACGUCAUGAUGGAUUCUGAACGAUACUGAGGCUUACAAGUGGACACAUUCUGGACUUUUCAGAACCAAAUUGGUGGGGGCUCAGCAGAGACCGGGGUAACAAGAGCCCCUCCACCGCACAUCACCUGCCAUGAGACAUGGACUGGCCCCUAAAUGAACAGAAAUUGAAAGAUGUCGUUUACCUGCAGCAGUGGUUGGAGGCAUUCGUGGCGUCUUUUGAGAAGGUCAUUGAUGUGCAGUCGACGGAGCCUCGCCGGCUGGAGGAAUGGAGCGCCGAUGUUCCCCUCCUCCCCAAGGAGGUACUGGUGUUCCUCAGCACCCAGCUGUGGCACAGCCCCCUCCACAUGUCAGGGCAGGACCAGAGCAGCACUGCUCCACACCCACUGCUCCUCAUCAAGUUCUUCAUCAUCAUCUGCAGGAAUAUGGAGAAUAUAGACUCUGAAAAGACCCCUGGGUUUGUGUUUGAGACAAUCAAGCUCCUAAACUUCUGUUUGACUCAGCUGAAGAAGCAGCCAGAUGAUAGCACUUUACAGUCGGUGGUACAACAUGGCCUGCUGCUGUGCGAAAAUCUCUUUGACCCUUAUCAGACGUGGAGGAGACGGCAGGCAGGGGAGGAGGUCAGUAUGCUGGAGAGAAGCAAGUAUAAAUUCUCCCCUCUUGUUCUGCCAGAGGAGCUUCCUUUGCUCUUCCAUGACUACCUACAAGACAUUGAACUAAUCCCGGAACCCCUCGUGGUGAGGCUGGUGCACCUACAGGGAGCCGUAAUCAGUGGAUGCAAGAGAAACGGCCUUCUCUCCAUCACCCCCCAGGCUGUGAAGGACCUCAUGUCUGUGCUGCGUUCCUGGUGCCUGUGUCCUGCCUCAUCCCCGCAAGAACCCAGGGACCCUCAGCUGCUCAGAAUGACCCUGCGGUGCCUGACCGCAAUGAUCCACCUUUUGCACUCCAGCAGCCCGAAUGAUAGGCAGGUGGAGAUCCGGACCGUACUGGACAGUUACUUCCAGCUGCUCAACUGGAACCGGCCACCGGAGAGCCAGCAGGGAGAUAUCCUGGCCUGGGAGGAUAACCUCAUUACCCUUCUCGAACAUAUGCUGAAUGCUAUCCCAGAGAUCCUGCAGUGUUCAGACCGGCCGGUGUUGCAGGCCAUCUUUCUCAAUAACAACUGUUUUGAGCACAUCCUCCGCCUGAUCCAGAACAGCAAGCUCUAUCAGAGUAACAGGUUUAUGGUGGAGUGUGAGGGCCAAUGUGACCUCACUACACGUUUGCUCACAGAGGCUGAAGUGGAGCAGGUCUGGGAAAAGGGCUCUGACUGCAUCACAGUACACGCCAUUCGAGUCCUCACUGCCAUUAUGAGCAACUCGCCCUCUGCCAAGGAGGUCUUCAAGGAACGGAUUGGCUACUCACAGCUGUUCGAUGUGUUGAAAAGUCAAGGACAGCCCACCAAAAGACUUCUGCAGGAGCUGAUGAACAUGGCUGUUGAAGGAGAGUAUUCCCAGGCCAUGCAGUUGGGCAUCAGUAACGAACAGCCUUUGCUCCUGCUGCUACAGUGGUUGCCUGAUCUGGGCUCUCGCUCUCUGCAGCUGCUGGUGUCCCAGUGGCUGGCGGCCGUGUGUCGAGGAACUCUGUCCUGCCGUACUGUAGCCGUCGAAGCGGGCUUAGUGGGCGCUGUGCUGGAGGUGCUUUCUGAACCCCCGGAGCGGCUUGACCGGCAGUGUGCGGACGCCCUCCUGGGCUUGUUUCAAGACUUGGGAUCUCUUUCUUUACGGCCCCGUGAACUGAAGAGUCUGCUGAAGCUCUUGCGGACUGAGCCCAGAGCACCCCCUCACCCGUACUGCGGGCGCGUUGUAAGGGUGCUUUCCGCCAUGGCAGCCCGUGGGGAGGGCGGGUGCAGCGCCUUGCAGUAUUUUGACCUUACGCCCCCUAUGGCGGGUAUUAUGGUGCCAGCUAUACAACGCUGGCCAGGGAGCGCGUUUGCUUUCCACGCCUGGUUGUGCCUCAACACGGACUUUCCUCCACCCCAGCACCACUACUCCGAAUCCCACCUGACACACCCAGAUAAUACAGUUCGCAUGGCUAUGGGACCACGCAGGAAACAGCUUUACAGUUUCUUCACAGCAAGCGGAACUGGGUUUGAAGCUUUUUUCACCACAGAAGAAGUUUUGGUGGUUGCAGUAUGUACUAAAAAGGAGUACAUGGCAGUUUCCUUGCCAGAACACCCAUUCAAAGACUGUGCCUGGCACUCAGUAGCCAUAGUUCACGUUCCUGGCCGUCGACCUUUUGGACAGAAUGUGGUUACUGUUUAUGUGGAUGGAGUGCAGUGUAAAACAGCACCCCUGCGCUUUCCGUCUCUGAAUGAGCCUUUCACUUCCUGCUGCAUUGGAUCAGCUGGUCACCGCACCACUACCACUAUGACUACCUCUCCAACCCUGACCAACCCAUCCCACUCGCCCUCUGAGAUGGCAUUUGCAGCUCAUACUGGGCCACCCACCCUUGCACGCUCCCAGUCCUUCCCAGCAUCCUUUGCAGCAGCCACAGGGGGGAGGCCAGGUGUGAGUCGUGACAGUCCGGUCCACACCAUCCCAGCAGGGCUACAGGACACCGCGUGGGGUUCUCCUACAUCACUGGGUGGCCUUUUAGCCACGGCGUUCAUCUGCCAUGAAGCUCUGCAGCCUGCUCAGGCACGAGCCUUGUUCACUGCAGGGCCCAAUAAUGUAUCUCUUUUCAAAGCUGAUGGUGAGCCGUCAGAAGUCAACAGUAAACUAGUGCUAUACUAUACCCCACAGGCCUUUAAGAGUCAGAUCUGCUUGGAUCUGUCCCCAAAUCAUCUGUACGAUGGCAGGUUGACUGGUCACAGAGUGGUGAACUGGGAUGUCAAAGAUGUGCUGAGCUCAGUAGGUGGUAUGGGGGCUCUCCUGCCCCUGUUGGAGCAGGUAUGUUCACUGGAUCAAGGCGAGAUAGUAGGUCAGGAGACUUCAGAUCUUCUCGGGCCAGAGCUCACAUCCUCCAGGGGUCCUGCCGGCAUGCUGCUGCCACUGGGGAAGUCAUCUGAGGGCCGUUUAGAGAAGAACAGCGUGGCAGCGUUUUUGCUGAUGAUUAAAAACAUGCUGCGCAACCACCCAGCCAAUCAGGAGAGUCUGCUCCAGUGCCACGGGCCGCCCAUCAUCGGAGCCAUGCUCAGCAAGGUCUCUAGCAGUAUGAUGGACAUGAGCGUUCUGAUGGCCUGUCAGUUCCUGCUCAAGCAGGUGUCCUACGAGGGCAACAAUGCCCUCCUAUCACAACUGUACCAGUACCUGCUUUUUGACUUCAGGAUCUGGAGCCACAGCCACUUUGCUGUCUGUCUGGGUCAUGUGCAGUACCUAACCACUGUCAUCAAUGAAGGCAAGCUGAAGACUCGCAAGAGGUACGGUGUUCAAUACAUCAUGGACUCGAUUCGGACACACUACAGUGCGGAGAAGGACGGCAGUCCUCUGUCUGAAGAGAAGCAGACGGUGCAAAUCUCGCUUUUCGCUCUGCUGAAAGACCUUCUGAAAUCUCCCACUGCUGAGGAGCUGCAAAGUGUUCUAGGCUACGCUGCUAUAGUGCAGGACGAGCAACAGGUGAUCAGUAUUCUGGAUGUGUUAUACACUGUUUUGAGGAGUUCUCCUCAUCCACGUGAGCAGGCUGUGACGGUUCUUCUGGAGCGAGGGGUGGAGCAGCUCUACUGUCUGCUGCUCAAACACAACUUUGGAGACGAGGCUCGUGAGAGAUUAUUCCGGGUCAUGUAUAAAGUCCUGAAGAGUGAGCGUGUACCUGAGCGCAAUAAACUGCGCAUCAAACUUAAGGAUUCCAGUUACCUUGGGCUGGUCUGCUCCUUUGUAGACAUUCCCAUCACCAUGGCAACUGUGCGCUGUCUGUAUGAGCAGGUGCUCGCCACAGAUCCCACUCCUAAUUUUAGAGACCUGUUGGCAGUGGCAUAUCUGUCCCAUCGCGCCGACCUCAGUGUACGACUAGAUAUUUGUCGAAAGCUCUUCCACUUGAUCCACUCCAAUGAAGAGUAUGUAAAACAGCUCGCUCGUCAAUCAGGCUGGCAGGAUGUUCUCACCAAACUCUACGUCAAAGAAUCGUACGAGUCUCGUGUUCUCAGCCAAUCCAAUUCUUUAUCCAGCCCCACCACUUCACUGGACCCCGUUCUUUCCAGAACCGUCUUCCGUCGGGAGGACAGCGUAAUGGAGGACGCUCGGCAGAACGUCUACAUCUCCCUCAAUACCCGCCAUGAAGAGGAGUUUGAGGAGGAAGAAACUCAGGAUGUGUCAGAGGGCUACUCUGACCUCUCCCAGUCUCCCCCGUCAUCUGAACAACUCAAGAACGGUUCCCUCCACUUCAAGCCAUUUGACUCUGGAGAACAAAGCAGUCAUUCAUCCUCCCUGUCCAACACUGUGGAUAUUCCAGCAUCGUCCCGCCUGCUAGAGGAAGAUGAAAGUGUGUAUCAGCCGCAAUCGCCCUUCAACUUACCCUUUGAGAUGGAACUAAGCCUCCAAAAAGGACCCCAGACCCCUGUGGGUAGUCAACCAGAGACUCCUUCUCCUCUGGAGCACAGUAAGACCUUCCCAGGCAUGAGACCACGCAAGAGCUCCAGUCUGUCCAACGUUCUGGAUGACACAAGCUAUAGCACUGAACCGCCCACAGACACCAUCUCCAACACAUCCAACCCACAGGCUCCAGAGGAGGAGUUGUGUAAUUUGCUGACGAACAUCGUAUUCUCUGUGCUGUGGACUGGCACUGAGGGGUCUGAGGAUGUGAUAUGGAGAGAAAGGGGUCAGGUGUUCUCUGUCCUUACCAAGCUUGGCUCGUCCUGCCAGCUGGUGCGGCCACCUGAUGACAUCAAACGCAGUCUGUUGGAGAUGAUGCUGGAGUCGUCUCUGUCAGAUCUGAGGGACUCUCAGGGUGUGUCUCUGCACCAUGUGCCUUCUUUGCUUCGCCUCCUCAGACUGCUCCAGGACUUCCUAUUCGCCGAGGGCACUGACAAUCAAACACUAUGGAGUGAGAAGAUCUUUGAAGGUGUGGUGAAUCUGCUGGACAGGCUGCAGGCGUGGCACACGACCCCCGGGUCAGCGGGGUCUGCUGAGCUCAAGGAGAUGUCUCUGAUUGGCCUGCGUAUCAUCACUGGAUAUAUUCAGCAGCAGCAGAACCCACAGGUGUGUGAGAUGGCAUGUUUAAAGCUUCAUAGCCUGCUGCAAACUGUGUUAUGUCUGUCCUGGGAGGAGGUGUGUUUUCUGCUGGGUCGUCUUGGUGCACCACUUUGGCCAGCAAACUCUGGUUCAGACCCGGGCACCGAGGCUUUGCUGAGCCCGCUGGUGCCCAUCGUCCGAACGCUUUUGGACCAGCAUGCGGAUCGCACCACCCUUCAGAAUAUGCUCCCCAACCUCCCCGCCACCAACGGCAGCCCCUCCUUCGCCGAGGACCUCCAGAACUACUGCAGCACUGCUGAGUGGCAGCAGUUCUUCCAGAACCACGUGGAGCCCACAAUGCAGCAGUAUGAGCUAGACACUUUUGGAAAGAGUCACGACCUGAUGUCCAACUUUUGGAAUUCCUGCUUUGAUGACCUCAUGAGCUCUGCACAGAGAAGAGACAAGGACCGUUCUGACUGCAAAGCCAAGUUUCAGGAGCUCAUCAUUGACCCGUACCUAAAACGAGUGCGCACAGAGAACAGCCGCUACCACACUGUGCAGAAGAUGAUUAACGGCCAGCAGGCGGUGGUGGUGAGGCACUGGAAAUCACUGCGUAGAUUAUUGAGCAGUGAGAGAGGAGCAUGGGCACUCAGGGUUCAGCCAGAGGUGAAGUGGAAACUGUCAAGUGCAGAGACCUACUCUAAGAUGCGUCUGAAGCUGGUGCCGAACUACAACUUUGACUCCCAUUGUGAUGCCAGUGCACUGAGAGAUAACAUGGGAGCCGAUAGCCCUCGCAGCUCGACCGAGCCCAUCCCUCUUGCUGUUGCCAAGGAAGCCAAAGUUAGUGACAUGGAGGAUGACAAACUAGAAGAUGAGGAAAUUGUCUUUCUUGAUGAGGCGGAAGAGGGCGAGGAGGAGAACCAGAAAGAAAAGCUUGUGCUCUCAGAAGAGUGUGAGCUCAUCACUAUUGUUGCCGUGGUACCAGGUCGUCUGGAGGUCACAACACACCACCUGUACUUCUACGAUGGCAGCAGUGAGAAAGAGGAGACAGAGGAAGGUAUUGGGUUUGAUUUCAAGAGGCCGUUGUCACAGCUAAGGGAGGUCCACCUGAGGCGAUACAACCUGCGGAGAUCAGCACUAGAGCUGUUCUUCAUUGACCAGGCACACUACUUCAUCAACUUCAGGAAGGGGGUGCGAAACAAAGUCUACUCCAGGAUCCUGGGUCUCAGACCGCCCAAUCUGUUCUACUUUGGUUCUCGAUCUCCUCAGGAGCUCCUGAAAGCCUCCAACCUGACUCACAGAUGGGUUUGCAGAGAGAUCUCCAAUUUUGAAUAUUUGAUGCAGCUCAACACCAUUGCUGGUCGCACAUACAAUGAUUUAUCCCAGUAUCCAGUGUUCCCCUGGGUGUUGUGUGACUACACGUCUGCUGAAUUGGAUCUGGAAGACCCAGCGGUUUUCAGAGAUCUGUCCAAACCCAUUGGUGUUGUCAACUCUCGUCAUGCACAGAACGUCAGGGAGAAGUAUGAGAGUUUUGAGGACCCAACAGGCACUAUCGAUAAGUUCCAUUAUGGCACACACUACUCUAAUGCUGCCGGUGUCAUGCACUACAUGAUCCGCACAGAGCCCUUCACCUCAUUACAUAUACAGCUCCAGAGCGGCAAGUUUGAUUGUGCCGAUAGGCAGUUUCAUUCAGUAGCAGCAGCGUGGCAGGCGCGAAUGGAGAGUCCAGCUGACGUGAAGGAGCUCAUCCCAGAGUUCUUCUACUUCCCAGAGUUCCUGCAGAACAUGAACGGUUUUGAUCUGGGCUGCUUGCAAAUGAAUCAGGAGAUGGUCAAUGACGUGUUGCUUCCCCCCUGGGCGUCUUCGCGUGAAGACUUCAUCAGGAAACACCGAAAAGCCUUGGAGAGUGAGCAUGUGUCUGCUCACCUGCACGAGUGGAUAGAUCUCAUAUUCGGGUGUAAGCAGCGAGGACCUGAAGCAGUGGAGGCUCUUAAUGUCUUCUACUACUGCACUUAUGAGGGUGCAGUGGAUCUGGACGCCAUAGCUAAUGAGACCGAGCGCAAGGCCCUGGAAGGCAUCAUCAGCAACUUUGGCCAAACGCCCUGUCAGCUUCUCAAGGAGCCUCAUCCUCCCCGUAUGUCAGCAGAGAACGCAUUUAGGCGGCAGGCCCGUCUGGACAUUUUACCCCCCAACCUGUUUGAUCAGCUCAGUAAACUCCGAUCAUUUAAGGAGGUGGUGAGUGAUGGUCUGCCGUUAGUGCAAGCCGUGGUGCCCAGAAAUCAAACCCGCUCUUUUAUCAUCCCAGGUUCUGACAUACUGGUGACAGUGAGUGCUAAUGGAAUGAUAGGCACUCAUAGCUGGCUGCCCUAUGACAAGAACAUAGCUAAUUACUUCACCUUCACCAGAGACCCCUCUGUGAGCAACCCAAAGACCCAGCGGUUCCUCAGCGGGCCGUUCUCCCCAGGGGUGGAAAUCGGCUCCCAGGUGCUGGUGGUGUCCAGUGACGGGCGUCUGUUGUUCAGCGGGGGGCACUGGGACUGCAGCCUGCGGGUCACUAUGUUAGGCAAGGCCAAGCUGGUGGGCAGGAUCUGCCGUCACAUAGAUGUGGUCACAUGCCUGGCUUUGGACCUCUGUGGUAUCUACCUCAUCUCUGGCUCACGGGACACCACCUGCAUGGUGUGGCAGGUCCUACAGCAGGGUGGUUUCUCUAGCGGCCUGUCUCCACGGCCCGUGCAGGUGCUCUGUGGACAUGAUCAAGAGGUCACGUGUGUCGCCAUCAGCACUGAGUUGGAUAUGGCACUCUCGGGGUCAAAGGAUGGCACAGUAAUCAUGCACAGUGUGCGUCGUGGACAGUACCUGCGGACCCUGAGACCGCCGUGUGAGACCUGCCUUCCUGCCCCUGUGGCACAGCUGGAGGUCGGCAUGGAGGGACACAUAGUGGCACAGACUGUUAUGGAGGGCCGCUCGGCUGGAAAGGAAAAGUAUGCACUGCAUGUGUAUUCUGUAAAUGGCUCUCUCUUAGCAUCUGAGACCUUGGAUGAAAAGAUUUCAGCUUUGCACCUGGUGCCUGACUACCUCAUUGUGGGCACACAACAGGGGAACCUUCACAUUCGAGACUUGUACAGCUUAAAUCUGGCUGUGGCUCCCUUGGCCCUGAAGGUCCCUGUGCGCUGUGUUUCUGUCACAAAAGAGAGCAGUCAUAUCCUGGUGGGCCUAGAGGAUGGCAAACUCAUUGUGGUGGGAGCAGGAAAACCGGAAGAGGUGCGAUCGGGGCAGUUUUCCCGCCGACUGUGGGGAUCCACACGCAGAAUCUCGCAGGUGUCCUCAGGAGAGACCGAAUACAACCCUGUUGAACCUCCUGGUAAAUGAGCCCCACGUGCCUUCAGCAAAACCUCCACAAGAGACGAUAGCGUCACCGUUCCUGCCUGGUUCCAUCUGGUUUCCUGCAGUCCCAAAACAGAGAGCUUGGGAACAAGAGAGCAUAAAGGGAACAUCCAAACAUGCACUUUUUUUGUGAAAAGGGAACAUUCUUCUCGACAGUGCGAUGAUUUAUACUGCUUUUAACAAACAAACAUUCCAAAGAUUUUUGGUCAGGCAAAUCAGGCAGUCGCCUGCAACUUUUUGAGCAUUGACGGCUAAGAUAGAACUUUAACUUUUUAAAAGCAGUAUGUUCUGUCCUGUGAAUCACAGACUGGGCUGGAGCCCGAGGCACUGACGCUCAGCGUGAUGGACUUAGUCUCUGUCACUGAGUGACAAACCGUAAUCACCUGAGCUGUUUAAUAGUAUAGUAGAUCUUCCUGUGCUGAUUUUUGCUUUUGCUUUGCUGAUCACGGUCGGCACAGCAACACUGGUACUCCGUCUGACACUUGAAAACUUUCUUUUAUUGAGCAAUGUCGUCUAUGAAUUCAGAUUUUUCCAUGGGACAGGCACCAACAGAGACAUUUUAGCUCUGUGUAUGUAUGUGGGUGUGGGUGUUUGUUUUGCUUUGCACGGUUACUUGCAGAUGCUUUGUAUAACGCAAUAAUCAUGUGAUGCCUAAAUUGGAACAAGAUCCUUUUUCACUCUUGUCUGUCGAUGUGAAGCACUUUGAGCCCUACUAAGUCUUAAGACUUGAUUCAGUACCUCUGGUGCCUUAAAAAAGGGUAAACAAUAUAAAUGUUCAUAAUUAUGAUUGAUUAUGACAUAAAAUAUAUUAAAGGGAUAGUUCACCCAAAAAUGAAAAUUUGUCAUCACUGAGUCACCCUCAUGUCAUUCCAAACCUGUAUGACUUUCUUUCUCCUGCGGAACACAAAAGGAAAAAAAAGAAUGAAAAAUAAAAAAAAUAAAUAAAUAUAUAUAAUAUAUACUAAUUAAUCACACAUUAUACUGUAAUUUUUUUUUUUUUUCAAUUUUAGGGGAUUAAAUGGGUAAUUAAAAGGCAUCAUUUUUAACAUUUAUUAAUCUUUAAAAAAAACACUUUUAAUUUAAGUGAACUUAAAACAAUCUUGACAUAAACCCAUUAUAAUAAAUGUCACAUUUAGCUGUUCCUUUAAUACAGCAGGGCUCAGAACUGAAGAAAUUUUCCACUUGCCUCCCCACAAAAAAAGUUAUUACUUUUACUUACUUUCGUAAGUUUGACACCAACAUUUUACAUACUAGUGAUAUUUCAUAAUUCUUGAUUUACAAUUUUUAUACCACAACAAAAACUGUUAUCGUAACUACUAAAAGUUCAAACAUUUUUACAGAACAAGUAAACAGUCAGUAAUAAAUUAAGAACAAAUAAACAAAAUACAUAUAUUGAAGAAUUGUUGUUUGUUCCAAUUAAAGUCAAUGGCGUUCAAUACAACAUUGUAUGGUCAGAAAAACAGAUAUUGUUCAAAAUAUCAUCUUUUGCUAUGUAUUGUAUAAAGAAAGCCAUAAAGGUUUAGGGAACAACAUGACAGUGAGUAUAUGAUCACAUAAUUUUAAUUUGGGGGUGAACUAUCACUUUAUUUCAUUAGGUCCUGCUGAUAAAAAUAAUGAUUUUCUCCAUACUCGCACUGUGUAUCUUUCAUAUCGUGUUAUAUGUUAUAAAAAGGAAGUGCCUUUCCUGUCGGUGCACUGAGGGAUUCGCACAGCCAUCACAAAAAUCCUCUUAAAUGUUAAAAAGACUUGUUUGAUCUUCCACUGUACGGCAGCGCUUUCUAAAAUGGGCAUAAAUUGCACUUUUGGCUUCUUUUCAUACAAUAGUUGUGAUAUGGUUUCAGAACAUCCUUGUAUGCUGCUUAAUGUGCUGCACUUCCAAUCUCAUUUACACAAAAUCUAAAUCUUAAUAGAAAUUGUAUCCAUUUUUGAACUUCGCAAAGUGCCUCAACUGUGUUGUUCACUGUAAUUAUGAAACUAUUUGUAAUAUGUGAAACAUAUGCCAGCUAGUCUUAAUUGUCCUGUGAAUGUGUCUGUUGGCUGGGGCCACAAUUCUGUUUAUGUUACCAUGGAAUUUUUUUGUCUAGAUGUUUUUGGGGUUUUUUUCUCUUGACGCACUGAAUGCUUUGAAGGCUGUGCUGUGUGAGUGGUGUCUGUGAGACACAUGGGUAUUCGGCCCUGCUGAGAGAGUAGAGGACACAUCUUGCUGGCUUCUCUGGGAUGGUUGCGUUAAAUCUGCUGCUCUGCUCUGGAUAGCAAAGUCAGCAGAGAUAAAGGGAAGCACCGAGCACAUCGGCCAGCAAUUAUACACACUGUUUAAAGGGUUUUUUUGUUUUGUUUUUUUCAGUAUUUACUCACAUUUGUAUUGUUCUAAACGCCUAUGACUUUCUUUCUUCAUUGGAAUAAAAUUGUGGUUUCUCUUUUAGAACUACAAUGACUGAGGACUGAGUCUUUCGAGCUUCAAAAAGGACACAACCUUUUCAGCGCUGCGCUCGUUGUCUUUUGACUUCCGGUUUGUAUUUCCACAGCGGUCUUACGUAUUUAUGAAUGAACUGCUCGUUUUAAAAUCUUCCCGGUCUACUGACAUUUGUUAAGACAUCUGCUUUAAACAUUACAAAGCUCAUGAUACCUUUCGUUAACUCUACAAUGAGUAAAUCCACUUCACCAGCUAGUUAUUCUUUGACAGCGAUGCCAUAGAAAUAUACAGAGCAAAAACGGAAGUUCAGGACAAAAUUUCUAAAGAUGGCUGCGCGCACGUUUCUCUGGCGCAUGUCUAUAUAUUACGUUUUCUGAAGUCGUACAAUACGCGUUAUGUGAACAAAAAAAAAAAAGAAGCUAUAUUUAAAGUGUUACUCACUGAAAAUCUUCCCCUCUGGUGAGCUGUUAACAGCUGUGAGUUUGAUUCACGAAUUAAUUAUUCAGGCUCUGUGAACUCGAUCAUUCACUGAAAAGUUAAAACUCGGACAAUUUCUUCGUGUUACACCCUUAAAAAUAAAUGUUCCUCAUUGGCAUCGAUGGUUCCAUGAAGAAUCUUUAACAUCCAUAAACCUUUCGAUUUCAAAAAAAGGGUUCUUAUAAGUCUUGAUUUUUAAAAUGUUCUAUAAGAUCUCUUUAAGAUCGCUUGACUGGUUCUUUGGUAAACCAAAAAAUAGUUUCUCUAUGGCACUGCUGUGAAAAUCCCCUUUUGGAACCUUUUAUUUAAUGAAUAAUGACUUAAAAUUCCACAUUCAAAGCUACUGAAUCAUUGUUUAUAUGGUUCUCUUUUUUUAAUGCUUCAGUCAACAUUAAUUUUAACUGCAUGAAUGAGAGCGACUAGAACGAGUCUUCAAAAUCCUCUUUUUGUGUUCCACAAAAGAAAGAAAGUCAUACAGGUUUGGAACGUCAUGAGAGUGAAUAAAUGAUGACAGAAUUUUCAUUUUCUUCAGUGAAUUAUUCCUUAAAUACAGUGUUGUCCUCUGUAUCACUAUCACUCAUAGUUCAAACACUGCCACUGAAACGAUUACUGUAAGAGUGUGCAUUAUUUUUCACUGUAUUUCCCAGCUACACACACACACAAAGCCUUGAGAGUCGGUUUUGUUUGAGUUUAGUCAGUUUAGUUUAGAUUUGUGAUGAGAAACUGAAGCCAUAAGAGUUUAAGUCCUGUUUUAUGAAAUGCUUAUGACUAAAUCACUCCAUGAUUCUUUUUAUGCAUGUCAAACUGGUUGAAUUAUGUUAAGCUUCGUGUCUGUUCGAACAAAUGAUGGCUUCAAAAGAAAUGUAAACAGUCAUUCUCUGUUGAACACAUGCCCAUUUCUGUUUCACAGCCUUCCUGCUUGAGUGAGAGAUUUGUGUAAAUGUAUAUUGUUUCUUUUAAUUAAAUAUAUGGUCUAAAUUGA